ACCACCGUGCGUGUGAAGCCCUACAUGUGCACUAUGCCGCUACGCCUAGAUGUGGGAUGGAACUUGGUGCAAAUAGACCUGAGUCAACUGGUGAAACAGGCAUACGGUACCGCGUAUGCGGAAACCAGUCGCAUUCAAAUACACCCCAACUGCCGCAUACGCAGGAUAUACUUUGCGGAUAGAUUGUAUACGGAAGAAGAG